GUAAUGUUUACCGAGUGCUUGGGUACGUACCAACUAGGUUGGUCGCUCCUGUUACAGGAAAUGUUCCACGCUCAGAAUUCUCGUUGAGCUGCCCCUAAGCUUCAGGUCGUUUUUACAACAGGUCAUUUCUUCUUGCUCUGAGCCAGGCUGCCAGCCCCCUAUUCUGUGCCCGCCUUCUCGUCAUUUUGGACACAGUAUGGGCCUAAUAUCGCAAGUUAUUGCCCUUGGGGCGACAGCCUUAAUCCUAUACGUCGCGAUCACCAAGCUCAUCGACAAGAGGUCUUACGAGCGCAAGAAGCAGCAACACGGCUGUGGUGAAGCUGUUAAGUAUCCACAUAGCGAGCCAUUCAUUGGCAUAGACCUUCUCGUCAAAGAUGCAAAAGAGCAUACGGCCUGCAUUUACCUCGAAGAAAUUCAGCACCAGUAUGCCAUCUAUGGCAAGACACACGAGGUUGUUUUCCUUGGAAAGCGUAUGAUUCGGACUAUGGAGCCAAAGAACAUACAAGCAGUCCUCGGUCUCAAUGCGAAAGACUACGGACUACAGCCACUUCGAGAGGGUCUUGCCGAGCCAUUGUUUGGCCAUGGGAUCAAUACGACAGACGGCGAAUAUUGGCAAUACAGUCGAUCCCUGAUUAAACCUACCUUCUCACGAGUAGAAAUCUGCAAUUUAGCUUCUCUGGAGUUUCAUUUCAAAAGGUUAUUAGAGCUACUUCCAAAGGACGGGGCCACAGUUGAUUUACAGCCUCUCUUUUCACGGCUGUUCCUUGAUACAUCUACUGAAUUUCUCUUUGGAAAAUCGGCUGAUACCCUUCUCCCUUUACCGGCCGAAGAGGGAGAACUCUUCAUCAAGUCUUUCGACUACGUGAUGGAAGGCCUUGGCAAUAGAGUCAGAUUGGGUCGUCUCAAGUUCCUUUAUCGAGAUCCGCUCUGGUUUGAAUCUGUCCGUAUCGUGCAUGCAUUCGUCGAAAAACACAUCGAUGUAGCUCUCGAAGGAGAAAAGCAACGCAAGAUGAAUGGAGGCACGGAAGACGAAAAAGAUCAUCGCUACAUCUUGUUAAACGAGAUGGUCAAGCAGACACAAGAUAAGCUGGACCUGCGUUCCCAGAUUCUCGCAGUCUUCAUGCCGAGUCGUGACACGACUGCUUUUCUCGUAGCCAAUAUAUUUCAUGCACUGGCUCGGAAUUCCACCAUUUGGACUAGACUUCGGAAGGAAGUAAUGGCAGUGGGGAGCCAGCCGCUUACAUUUGAGCUUUUGAAAUCUAUCAAGUACUUGCAAUGGGUCAUCAAUGAGGCCCACCGAAUGUACUCCAUCUCCGACAACAACCCACGUUGUGUUUUGGCUGACUCUAUCCUCCCGACUGGUGGUGGACCCGACGAAAAAUCCCCGCUGCUGGUCCGCAAGGGCGAGUACAUUAAUUUCAACAUCUAUUGUCUGCACCAGGACGAAGACAUCUGGGGGCCUGAUGUUGCCGUAUUCCGUCCCGAGAGAUGGGAAGGUUUGAAGCCGUUCUGGAGUUUUAUUCCAUUCGGUGGGGGUCCACGGACCUGCCCGGCGCAGCAGUUAGUGAAUACUGAGGCUGCGUACGUGACGGUUAGGAUGAUGCAGGAGUUUGCGAAGGUAGAAAGUAGGGAUGAGUAUCCAUGGACUGAGCAGUGGCGAAUCGGCCCACACAGUAAGUACGGGUGUAAAGUAAGCUUAACGCCAGCAUAAGGGAUGAGUCUCUGUCUUGAGAGAAUAUCCCACCAAGGGAGAGUGUGGAUGGGGCAAUACCAACUUGACACAUAAAACUCUCUCAGUCUGCAAAAGCUCAUAUAAAAGCAUGUUCUACAUCCUA